CGUUCAAUAUCGCAAUUCACAGCAUGGCAGCAUCCGUUCGACUUACAACUUGUUUACGAUACAUUUUCAGGUGGAAAUUUAGAAAUGAAAGAUAUUUACAUUCCAAUGUAUCUAGUUUUGUUCAAAAAAACAAAUAUAACGUCCGAACAUUUUCUUUGAGUCCCGCUGUGUGGAGCGGGGAAUACGAAUGGCAGGAUCCAAAGUCAGAAGACGAAGUUGUAAAUAUAACCUUCAUUGACAAAGAAGGAAAACAGAAGCCAGUCCGGGGGAAGGUGGGUGAUAAUGUCCUUUACUUGGCUCACCGCUAUGGAAUCGAGUUGGAAGGUGCAUGUGAAGCAUCAUUAGCUUGUUCAACAUGCCAGGUUUAUGUCCAAGAAGAGUAUUAUGAUAAGCUGUCAGAGGCCAAGGAAGAGGAGGAGGAUAUGCUGGACAUGGCUCCUGGAUUGAAGCCUAAUUCUCGCCUGGGCUGUCAAAUCAUCUUGUCACACGAUCUUGAAGGCAUGGUUCUUAAACUUCCUACCAUCACGCGUAAUUUUUACGUAGAUGGCCAUGUUCCACAGCCUCACUGAUUUAGAUACAAAUGUAGCUGCUGCUGUGUACAUUAGCGAAUGGUGUUGUGUAUUAUUAGAUGUAACUCGCCAUAUGACAAAAAAAUAAUGAUCAAAACCUU